CAUAAUUCUCUAUGUUCAAAAAAACAAACCCAAUCCCUCCCAACAAAAACCUAAAACCCUCAAAUUCAAUCACAUCCACUCAUCAAACCUUUGUCAACCAAAAAGUCAUCCAAUCCAACGGCUGAUAAUUUAUACUGCCAUUACCUUCUGGGGAACACAGGGAACCGCCACAAAAACCUUCCCGUAAUAUUCCUUUGGCAUCAGAAAAUUCCAUUGUUGCUUUAACUAACCCUUUUCCUUUGUUCAUAUCACAUGCGCAUUACCUUUUUCAUCCUGUAUAAAUACCCCUUUCUCCUCUGCAUGAUUCUGCACCAGCAUUCCUCUUAAUAAUCAAAACCAGAGUUUUCUUCAAGAAAUCGUUUCUGGGUUAUCUUGAUUCUGCUCCAAAAUGGCCGGAAUCGUUGUGGUUUUCGACUUCGACAAGACCAUCAUUGAUUGUGACAGCGAUAACUGGGUUCUGGAUGAGUUGGGUGCUACUGAAUUGUUCAAUUCUCUCCUUCCCACCAUGCCCUGGAAUCCACUCAUGGACAGGAUGAUGAAGGAACUUCAUUCACAGGGUAAGACCAUUCAGGACAUUGUUGAGGUUCUCAAACGGGCUCCUAUCCAUCCCAGGAUUAUUCCUGCAAUCAAAUCAGCUCAUGCUUUAGGGUGUGAACUGCGGAUUGUGAGCGAUGCCAAUCUGUUUUUCAUUGAAACAAUCUUGGCGCAUCAUGGAUUGAGGGAUUAUUUCUCAGAGAUCAACACUAAUCCCGGCUUUAUUGAUGAGGAAGGAAAACUAAGGAUCUUCCCUUACCAUGACUACACCAAAUCACCUCACGGCUGUACCAUGCCCUGCCCCCCAAAUAUGUGCAAGGGGAAGAUCAUUGAGAGAAUUCAAGCUUCCCUGGAGGGGAAGAAGAAAAUCAUAUAUCUGGGUGAUGGUGCCGGAGAUUACUGUCCUAGCCUUAGGCUUUCUGAGGCAGACUAUGUGAUGCCAAGGAAGAACUUCCCUGUAUGGGACUUAAUCUGCAGGAAUCCCAUGCUUGUUAAGGCUGAAAUCCAUGAGUGGUGUGAUGGGGAAGAGCUUGAGCACAUUUUGCUCGGAUUAAUUAACAAGAUUUCUGCUGAAGAAAACAAUGCUUCGUUGAUUUCUGCUGAUCAUUGCAAGCUGCAGACAAUCUCUGCUGCUCCUGCCCAUGAAACCUUACCUCAAGCUCUCUCAGUUCAUCGAUAGAACUCUUAGGGGAUGCCAAUGUUGGGGGAUGUGGGAUGAUGACUCAACUUAUGUAUCAUUGUAACUGUAACGGAAGAUUUUCACUUUUUUAUUUUGCUUAUUUUUCUUUUGAAUAAAGAACAUUAUGAGCUUUGAAUCAUUGUAAAUAAUUGUUUUUAAUAAAAUAUGACAAAAAUU